AAUGAAAGCGGUAUAAUAAAGAGCUGCUAUUGGCCAUAACUUGUAUAGCCUAUCAGAGAUUGGUUUCCGCUUAUGCAGUUUAUCCCGAUUGGCUGAGACUAGCCAAAUUCAAGUUCAAAUAAAUGUAGCGGAUAUUGUUUAACCGUCGUUUGACCGCUGUCGGAGUGUAAAACUUGUAACAGUGUUCUUUCAAUUUAUACCGGUGAAUUCCGAUCGGUUUGUUCUUGCGCUCCCUCUAAUAGACACCAUGUGUCCACGAGCAAAAUAAACACUUUAUUGUUAUGAGAAUAUUAGGUAAUUUUGACAAUAAACAUUUGACUUCGUAAACUGUUACUCGUGUGUCUGCGAGGGAUUUGAUAUUGUGUUAUUGUGAGCAAAGAGAUGGAGUCACGCUUACCAAAGCCAAAAAUUCAAUUAGGAAACUCAAUCAGUGGAACAAUUACUAACAACAUGAAAGUUAAUAAUCAGAAGAUGACAAAAGACCAAAAUGUCCUGCCACAAUCAAGUUCAAAUAGUACUUCAGAGACACUGAAGAAGGCUAAAAGUACAAUAAACAUAAAUUCUAAAUCUGCAAAUGAAAAUAAGCCUCCACCAAAACAAAAUCUUGUUAGAUCGAAAACUAUGUCGUCCAUUGUUACAAAAGGAGUUAAGAGACCAGCUACUGGUACUACAAUGCACACAGAAGCCAAAAAACAAUUUACCAGGCCUGUAAAGCCAACUAUACAAAGAACUGGCACAAUGUUAACUGGUAAUACAACCAAUAAGACAGUACAAAAUGCAACAGGUAAAACUGCAACAGCAGCUGGAGCAGCUAAACCUUCUAAAUGGGAUUUGAAGGGUCGUUUGGCUCAUAAAAGUAAUGAGUUAUCUAAUAUACAACAACUGUAUAAAGAAACUGCAUCUAAGUACAACAUUGCUCAGGAGAAGUUGAAUACUUUAGAAACAAAUGUAAAUAUGUAUAAAUCACAAGCAGAAAAAUAUGAGAACCUGAAUAAGAUAUUAGAUACUGAACUAAGAGAAGUUAAGGCAGAAAGAGAGGAUUUAAGUAAACGUCUAGAGAUAUCAGAAGAAUUGUUUAAAAAUGCUUCGGAAUCAUUAAAACUGUUUAAAGAGAAAUGUACUAUGCAGGAAGCAAUAAUUUUAGAGCAUAACUCUGAAGUAAAAGAGUUACGGACAAACUUAGAUCUUCAGAAACAAAUGAAUGACGAAUUGAUGACAAAUAAAAAUGAGUUACAAUCUUUGGUUCAUACAAUGGACAAAGAUCGUAGAAUUCUACACAAUGCUAUUCAAGAACUGAAGGGAAAUAUUAGAGUAUUUUGUAGAGUGCGCCCUAGAACACCAACUGAACUUGGGAAAGUAACAUGCACCAUGAACUUUGUAGAUGAAUGCACCAUUGAAGUAGGCAAGUCAGAUGGUUCCGAUUCGCUCAGUUGCAGUGGAAAAGUGAGGGGGACACGUCAGGAAUUUUCUUUUGAUAAAGUUUUUCCACCUACAGCUAAACAGGAAGAUAUCUUUGAAGAAUUGGCCCUUCUAGUUCAAUCUGCUUUGGAAGGAUAUAAUGUUUGUGUAUUCGCUUAUGGCCAGACGGGUUCUGGUAAAACAUAUACCAUGGAAGGUGUACCAGGCAUUGAAACAGAAGGCAUGAUACCUAGAACGGUACGGCAUAUAUUUCAAGAAAUGAAACAAUUUCAAUUACUUGGUUGGGAAUAUCGAAUAGAAGCCAGUUUUCUUGAAAUUUAUAAUGAGCAUAUCAUCGAUUUAUUGGACUCUCAAUCAAAGACACAUGAGAUCCGAAUGGCUGAUAGUAAAGGACAUGACUUGUAUGUUAGCAAUCUAAAGAUUGAGGAAAUACAUAGUCCUGAAGAAUUGCACGAGUGUCUUUUAAUUGCUCAGCGUAAUAGAGCAGUUGCGGCUACUCAAUCAAAUGAGCGAUCAUCAAGAUCGCAUUCAGUUACAAGGAUAAAACUCAUUGGAGUACAUAAUACGAAAGAAGAGAUUUCAAUUGGAAACCUAAACUUAGUCGACUUAGCGGGUUCUGAACGAUUAAAAGGCGAGGAAUCGGUUCGAAUGGCAGAAACGAAAAAUAUUAAUAAAUCGUUAGCGAAUCUAGGUAAUGUUAUUCUUGCCCUUCUGAAAAGACAAGAACAUAUUCCCUAUAGAAAUUCAAAGCUUACCCAUUUAUUAAUGCCAUCCUUGGGUGGCAAUUCAAAGACUUUGAUGUUGCUGAAUAUAUCGCCUUUAGAUGAAUGUUAUAACGAAACGUUGAACUCGCUAAGAUUUGCUAGCAACGUGAACAAUUGUAAAACGGGCAAUAUAAAACGAACACGAACAGUUUUACAAAAUUCUUCGUGAAUCUUAUCAUAUGAGAUUAUGUUGUUGUACUUUGCUAGCUCGAUUAGACUCCUAGAUACAUUUUAAUUGAUAGUUCAUAAAAAAGAUAUUUUUUUAAUGUCUGAUCAUUUUUUUUUUAAAUCGUACAAAAUAGAUGUAAAUAUUUGAAUACCAAAAAUAUUUUUAACAUUGAAACUGAUAGUAUUUUGUUUCCUUAACUUAUUAAGAAGUAUUAUUAGGCAUUCAAAUCUUCAUGUUAGUUAUUAGAUGUUUUAAGAAGAAUUUCAACUAUUUUAUAAAAUUUGUAUGUAUUUUUAUACGUUCUAAACUUCAUUAUUAUACAUAUCACUUUUAACAUACAUUAAUGAAAUGAAAAAUUAUAAUCUGACUUAACCAUUCAUUGACCCAUGUAUGGAAGUAUGAAUGUGUAAAUUUAAUAUAAUAAAUAUAAGAUUUAACCGAAGGAAUGCGUUUUGUAUCUUGUAGUAUAUUUCGAGUUAAUAAAGUAUUAAAUGAAAAUGUUCGUGUAAAUAAAGAUAGUUUAUUUAAAACAAUAUCGUCUCCGACUUACUUAUAAAUCAAUUUUUUACGAAUAACGUAAUUCGCAGACAUUCCUAGCAUACAAGGAUAAAAAUUUCGAGAUCGUAAAUUCGCUAAGAAUUUUUUAAAUUCCGGAGAAGAAGUAAUGAUACCAUUCUGUAAACUUUUCUUUAUAUAAAUAUUACUAAUUUUUCUAUUGUCAUUAUUUAAAGGUAAUAACUUUGUUUUCGUAUAUUCUGAUUUACAAAUUUCUGAAUAUUUCGUCAAUAGAUUACAAGCAGUUUGUAAUUGUUGAUUGUUUAAAGAAUAUAUUGUAUAGCUAUUAAAAAGGAAGAAUGUGUAACGACUAAACGUAAUUCCAUUUUGCACAUGUUCCUUCAAAAUAUAUUCUUCUAAUUUUGUGUAACUGCAUUUCUUCUGUAAAUACUGUGCACUUAUUUCAUAAUGUAUAAUCAAUUUAGAUUGUAAAAUACAGUCACUAUUUUGUGUUACUGUUCUUCUUUUAAUAGCAUAAUUACUUUGAUCUCUUGCAAUAGUUUUUGAAUAUAAGUCAAUCGAAUGUAUGUUAUAUAUUCUGCUGAAAACCACUUAAAUUGAAAUAAGAGCAUCAAAUAUUUAUGCAAAGACAUUUUUUACUUACAUAUCAUUCAAUAUUUUUAUACUUUUUCUAAUAUGUUCACGUAUACAUAGAAGUAUUAAUGCAAAGCACAUAGAUAUAGGAACAUACAUAUAUUGCAGCACAACUUUUAAUGGUAGUAUUGUACUACACAAAGUGUAAUUUGUUGCUGUAAUGUAUGUCAAAUUUUCCACAGGUUCUGUUUCUAUCAUAAUAUUGUAUGUGAGAGUAGGAUUCCAGUUUUGUUGAGAAAUUAAUGUAGCUAAACAAAAACAUUCAUUCUGAAUAAAUAUAAUAUAUGAUUCUAUAUGUAACAGUUACCUCUUGUCGUUAAAAUGUCUGAA